AUGGCAUCAAAACUUAAAGCUGUUUUUGAAUCUCCAACAUUGAUUGCCCAGUUAGAGACUGAGCGUGCUUGCCGACCUUUGCUCCCCGAUAAUGAUGGCAGCGAUAGUGAUCCUGAACUACAAGACUUAGGGUCAUUAUUGAACACUGAAAAACACAUUAAGUUUCUAAGGACUAUAUUAAAGGGCCCAUUGCCAGCAGGCUUUAGAGCUCUAGACGCAUCCAAACCCUGGUUGAUAUACUGGUGUUGUAACGCUUUGGCAAUACUUGGUAAUGGAAUUGAUGAUUUGAAACCUGCCAUAGUAGAAACUAUUUUAAGUGCUCAAUGCAAGAGUGGAGGUUUUGGAGGUGGAAACCAGCAAUUGGCACAUUUGGCACCCAGUUAUGCAGCAAUAAACGCCCUAGCAUUAUCAGGAGAUGAGGAAGCUUGGGACAAAAUAGACCGUCAGGCUUGUUAUAAUUGGAUAAUGUCACUGAAACAAAAGGAUGGCUCUUUUAUCAUGUGUAAAGGUGGAGAGUCUGAUCCUCGUGCGACAUAUUGUGCAUUUUCUAUCGCAUCUAUGCUGAACAUUAUAACAGAGGAAUUGGUUGCCAAUAGCGCAGAAUAUAUCAGUUCUUGUCAAACAUAUGAAGGAGGCUUUGCCAAUGUUCCCCUAAGUGAAGCACAUGGUGGUUACGCUUUCUGUGCCUUAGCUAGUCUUUGUUUCCUAGGUCCUCCUCAUGUGGUGCUUCCAAAGUAUAUCAAUGUUGAAAACGCUAUCAAAUGGCUCAGUUCUCGACAGAUGACUGUUGAAGGAGGUUUUUCUGGUCGUAUUAACAAACUUGUCGAUGGCUGCUAUAAUCUAUGGGUUGGCGGAUGUUGGGGACUGCUAGAAGCUGCCAUUGUCAAUGAAAGAAACACAGAGAUCCCCUCUUUGUGGAAUAGAACUGCACUGAAAAAUUAUACAAUCUACUGCUGUCAGGAUCCACGAGGAGGACUGAGGGAUAAGCCUGGAAAGAGCCCCGAUUCAUAUCAUACCAAUUAUGUCUUGUGUGGAUUAGCUGCUUCAGAAAGCGUGUAUUUAUAUGAACAAGAGCCGGGAGCUCCUCUAACUGGCUUGGGUGAAUAUGCUUAUAUGUGGAAGACAUUGGCAUAUAAUCCAAGUGCUCCACAAUUGAUUAACCCCAUACAUCCAUUACAUGUAUUACCAGUUGGUGUUGCUGAGAAGAUGAAGGCACAUUUUCGAAAAGUACCAAUUUGA